ACGACGGUGGCUGCGGCCACCGGCAGCACGGCGGCUAGCGCGGCUGCUGCUCCUCCGGCUCGCUCCCUCGGAAAAAAAAAAAACAAAACCAACCCAAAAAAAGGAAAAAGGGAAAAAAAAAUUAAGGCUGAAAGAGUUCCUUCUUUCUCCGCCCACCGGCUGCGCGGACCGCUGGCCCUCCCCAUGCCGUCGUCGUCGUCGCCCUCCUCCUCCUCCUCCUCCUCCUCCCGCGAUUGUCUGCGCUCCGGCUGCCGCCCGCCCGCCCGCCCCGACUCCCUGCAUGCACACGCCGCCUCCUAGGUGGCUGCGGGGGGUGGGCGCUCCCGGCGCUGCCAUUCCGCACAUACCUUCAUGUCCCUGCGCUCGCCCGCCGCUGCUGCUGCCGCCGCCCCGCAUCGCUCGCCCGCUCCGGCUGCCGCCCUAACGGCCGCUGCCGCCCGGAGGUGAAGCCGGCACCCGCGGUGGGGUUGGCGGUGGGUCUCGCCCGGAGGAGCCGCCGCCGCACGCAGCAGCCAUGAGCAGCGCCGCUACCGCCACCUCCGCCGCCGCCGCCGCCGCCACCACGGCUGGCAGCGGCGCGGGGGAAGGGGCCGAGGAGGCGGCCAAGGACUCGGCGGACAUCGCGGCGUUCUUCCGAUCCGGGUUUCGCAAAAAUGAUGAAAUGAAGGCUAUGGAAGUAUUGCCAAUUUUAAAGGAAAAAGUUGCAUACCUUUCAGGUGGCAGAGAUAAGCGUGGAGGUCCCAUUCUAACGUUUCCAGCUCGUAGUAAUCAUGAUAGAAUACGGCAAGAAGACCUUAGAAGACUAAUUUCAUACCUAGCAUGUAUUCCUAGUGAGGAAGUAUGUAAACGAGGAUUCACCGUCAUUGUAGAUAUGCGUGGAUCAAAAUGGGACUCCAUAAAGCCUCUGCUGAAGAUUUUACAGGAAUCGUUUCCAUGUUGUAUUCAUGUUGCACUGAUAAUCAAGCCAGACAAUUUCUGGCAGAAACAGAGGACUAACUUUGGCAGCUCUAAGUUUGAGUUUGAGACAAAUAUGGUGUCUCUUGAAGGCCUUACCAAAGUAGUUGAUCCUUCUCAGCUAACCCCAGAAUUUGAUGGCUGUUUGGAGUACAACCAUGAGGAGUGGAUAGAAAUCAGAGUUGCCUUUGAGGACUACAUUAGCAAUGCAACCCAUAUGCUGUCCAGACUGGAGGAACUACAAGAUAUAUUGUCAAAAAAGGAAAUGCCUCAGGACCUGGAAGGUGCUCGCAAUAUGAUAGAGGAGCAUUCACAAUUAAAAAAGAAAGUCAUUAAGGCUCCUAUCGAGGACCUUGAUGUGGAAGGACAAAAGCUGCUCCAGCGGAUACAGAGCAGUGAUAGCUUCCCCAAAAAGAACUCUGGGUCAGGGAAUGCAGACUUGCAGAACCUUUUACCCAAAGUAUCCACCAUGCUGGACAGGCUGCACUCAACACGGCAGCAUCUGCAUCAGAUGUGGCAUGUGCGGAAAUUGAAAUUGGACCAAUGUUUUCAGCUCAGGCUGUUUGAGCAGGAUGCUGAAAAGAUGUUUGACUGGAUCACACACAACAAAGGUCUGUUUCUGAACAGCUACACAGAGAUCGGAACCAGUCACCCCCACGCCAUGGAGCUUCAGACACAGCACAAUCACUUUGCCAUGAAUUGUAUGAAUGUGUAUGUAAACAUAAACCGCAUCAUGUCAGUAGCAAAUCGCCUGGUCGAGUCUGGCCAUUAUGCUUCACAGCAAAUAAAACAGAUCGCUAAUCAGUUGGAGCAAGAAUGGAAGGCGUUUGCUGCAGCCUUGGAUGAACGUAGCACGUUACUGGAUAUGUCCUCCAUCUUCCAUCAGAAAGCUGAACAGUACAUGAGCAAUGUGGACUCAUGGUGUAAAGCCUGUGGUGAGGUGGAGCUUCCCUCAGAACUGCAAGAUUUAGAAGAUGCUAUCCAUCAUCACCAAGGGAUAUAUGAGCAUAUUACCUUGGCUUACUCUGAGGUGAGCCAAGAUGGAAAGUCACUUCUUGACAAACUUCAGAGACCUUUGACUCCCGGGAGUUCAGAUUCCCUCACUGCUUCUGCCAACUACUCAAAAGCAGUUCAUCAUGUUCUGGAUGUCAUCCAUGAAGUUCUGCACCACCAGCGCCAAUUGGAAAAUAUCUGGCAACAUCGAAAGGUCCGCUUGCACCAGCGGCUUCAGCUAUGCGUUUUUCAACAGGAUGUUCAACAGGUGUUGGAUUGGAUUGAAAACCAUGGAGAAGCUUUUCUUAGCAAACAUACUGGAGUGGGAAAAUCCCUGCAUCGGGCAAGAGCUUUGCAGAAACGCCAUGAAGACUUUGAAGAGGUUGCGCAGAACACAUACACCAACGCAGAUAAGCUCCUAGAGGCAGCUGAACAGCUCGCUCAGACUGGGGAGUGUGACCCGGAGGAAAUUUAUCAAGCUGCCCAUCAGCUCGAAGACCGGAUACAGGAUUUUGUUAGGCGUGUGGAGCAACGCAAGAUCCUGCUGGACAUGUCUGUGUCCUUUCACACUCAUGUUAAAGAGCUGUGGACAUGGCUUGAAGAGCUACAGAAAGAACUGCUUGAUGAUGUCUAUGCUGAGUCUGUGGAGGCUGUCCAAGACCUGAUUAAACGUUUUGGUCAACAACAACAGACCACUCUGCAGGUUACAGUCAAUGUCAUAAAAGAAGGUGAAGAUCUUAUACAGCAACUAAGGGAUUCUGCCAUUUCCAGUAACAAGACCCCCCAUAACAGCUCGAUCAACCACAUAGAGACAGUCCUGCAGCAGCUGGAUGAGGCCCAGUCUCAGAUGGAGGAGCUUUUUCAAGAACGCAAGAUCAAGCUUGAGCUGUUCCUGCAGCUCCGCAUAUUUGAAAGAGAUGCAAUAGAUAUAAUUUCAGACCUCGAGUCUUGGAAUGAUGAGCUCUCUCAGCAGAUGAAUGACUUCGACACUGAAGAUCUCACAAUAGCAGAACAGAGGCUCCAGCAUCAUGCAGACAAAGCCCUGACCAUGAAUAAUUUGACCUUUGAUGUCAUCCACCAAGGGCAGGAUCUGCUGCAGUAUGUCAAUGAAGUGCAGGCAUCUGGUGUGGAGCUGCUGUGUGACAGAGACGUAGACAUGGCGACUCGUGUCCAAGAUCUGCUGGAGUUCCUCCACGAGAAGCAGCAGGAGCUGGAUGUGGCGGCCGAGCAGCACCGCAAGCACCUGGAGCAGUGCGUGCAGCUGCGCCACCUCCAGGCCGAAGUCAAGCAGGUUUUGGGUUGGAUCCGAAAUGGAGAGUCAAUGUUAAACGCUGGGCUUAUCACUGCUAGCUCUUUGCAGGAGGCAGAACAGUUACAGAGGGAGCAUGAGCAGUUUCAACAUGCAAUAGAGAAGACGCAUCAAAGUGCCCUGCAGGUUCAGCAGAAGGCAGAGGCAAUGCUGCAGGCUAAUCACUAUGACAUGGAUAUGAUCCGGGAGUGUGCAGAGAAGGUUGCUUCCCAUUGGCAACAACUGAUGCUGAAGAUGGAAGACCGUCUCAAGCUUGUGAAUGCCUCUGUUGCCUUCUAUAAAACUUCUGAACAGGUGUGCAGCGUGCUGGAAAGCCUGGAGCAAGAAUAUAAGCGAGAAGAAGACUGGUGUGGGGGAGCAGACAAACUGGGUCCCAACUCUGAAACAGAUCAUGUUACUCCCAUGAUAAGCAAACACCUGGAACAGAAGGAGGCAUUCCUAAAGGCUUGCACGCUGGCUCGGAGGAAUGCUGAUGUCUUCCUGAAAUACCUGCACAGGAACAGUGUAAACAUGCCAGGGAUGGUGACACACAUCAAAGCACCUGAACAACAAGUCAAAAAUAUCUUGAAUGAACUCUUCCAGAGGGAGAACCGUGUGCUGCAUUAUUGGACCAUGCGUAAAAGACGUCUUGAUCAAUGCCAACAGUAUGUGGUGUUUGAAAGAAGUGCCAAACAGGCUCUGGAAUGGAUUCAUGACAAUGGAGAGUUUUAUUUGUCCACACAUACUUCCACUGGCUCCAGUAUCCAGCACACUCAAGAACUGUUAAAAGAACAUGAAGAAUUUCAGAUCACAGCAAAGCAAACCAAAGAGAGGGUGAAGUUGUUGAUACAGCUGGCUGAUGGCUUUUGUGAAAAAGGGCAUGCUCAUGCAACAGAGAUUAAAAAAUGUGUUACAGCAGUGGAUAAGAGGUACAGAGACUUUUCCCUGCGCAUGGAGAAAUACAGGACCUCUUUAGAGAAAGCUCUGGGAAUUUCCUCCGAUUCCAAUAAAUCGAGCAAAAGCUUGCAGCUGGAUAUAAUCCCAGCCAGUGUCCCUGGGUCAGAGGUGAAACUGCGCGAUGCUGCUCAUGAGCUUAACGAAGAAAAACGAAAGUCUGCCCGGAGGAAAGAGUUCAUUAUGGCUGAGCUAAUUCAGACAGAAAAGGCUUACGUAAGAGACCUCCGGGAAUGCAUGGAUACAUAUCUGUGGGAAAUGACAAGCGGAGUCGAGGAGAUCCCACCUGGUAUUGUAAACAAAGAACACAUUAUCUUUGGAAACAUGCAGGAAAUCUAUGAGUUCCACAAUAAUAUAUUCCUCAAGGAGCUGGAAAAAUACGAACAGUUACCAGAAGAUGUUGGACACUGCUUUGUUACUUGGGCAGACAAAUUCCAAAUGUAUGUUACUUACUGUAAAAAUAAGCCAGAUUCUACCCAGCUGAUAUUAGAACACGCAGGAGCAUACUUCGAUGAGAUACAGCAACGACAUGGACUGGCCAACUCUAUCUCCUCUUACCUUAUCAAACCUGUCCAAAGGAUAACAAAAUACCAGCUUCUUUUAAAGGAGCUGCUCACGUGCUGUGAAGAAGGUAAAGGUGAGAUUAAGGAUGGCCUGGAGGUGAUGCUUAGCGUGCCAAAGCGAGCCAAUGAUGCCAUGCACCUCAGCAUGCUGGAAGGCUUUGAUGAAAAUAUAGAAUCUCAGGGAGAGCUCAUCCUUCAAGAAUCCUUCCAAGUGUGGGAUCCAAAAACUCUAAUUCGAAAGGGAAGAGAGAGGCACCUUUUCCUUUUUGAGAUGUCCUUGGUUUUCAGUAAAGAAGUAAAGGACUCCAGUGGAAGGAGCAAGUACAUUUACAAGAGUAAACUGUUUACUUCUGAGCUGGGUGUCACAGAACAUGUAGAAGGAGAUCCCUGCAAGUUUGCUCUAUGGGUUGGAAGGACACCAACUUCAGACAACAAAAUUGUUCUCAAGGCAUCCAGUAUAGAGAAUAAACAGGACUGGAUCAAACACAUCCGGGAAGUGAUACAAGAAAGGACCAUUCAUCUGAAAGGAGCAUUGAAAGAGCCGAUCCACAUCCCCAAAACUGCACCAACAACAAAACAGAAAGGAAGAAGAGACGGCGAGGACCUGGACAGUCAGGGAGAUGGUAGCAGUCAACCCGAUACUAUUUCAAUUGCCUCGCGAACCUCACAGAACACGCUAGACAGUGAUAAGUUGUCUGGUGGGUGCGAGCUGACGGUGGUUAUCCACGACUUCACCGCCUGCAACAGUAAUGAGCUGACAAUCCGCCGUGGGCAGACGGUGGAGGUCCUGGAGAGGCCCCAUGACAAGCCCGACUGGUGUCUGGUUCGAACCACAGAUCGGUCCCCAGCUGCAGAAGGCCUGGUCCCCUGCGGCUCCCUCUGCAUCGCUCACUCUCGCAGUAGCAUGGAGAUGGAGGGGAUUUUCAACCACAAAGACUCUCUUUCGGUCUCCAGCAAUGAUGCCAGUCCUCCUGCUUCGGUAACGUCUCUUCAGCCCCACAUGAUCGGUGCGCAGAGCUCCCCGGGCCCCAAGCGCCCCGGCAACACUUUGAGAAAAUGGCUUACCAGUCCCGUGAGGCGUCUUAGCAGCGGAAAAGCAGACGGGCAUGUCAAAAAACUGGCCCACAAGCAUAAGAAGAGUAGAGAAGUUCGUAAAAGUGCUGACGCGGGCUCUCAGAAAGACUCAGAUGACAGCGCAGCAACCCCACAAGAUGAAACUGUUGAAGAGAGAGGUCGAAACGAGGGGCUGAGCAGUGGCACACUCUCCAAGUCAUCCUCUUCAGGCAUGCAGAGCUGCGGAGAGGAGGAGGGCGAAGAGGGAGCAGAUGCUGUACCACUUCCUCCUCCCAUGGCAAUUCAGCAGCACAGUCUUCUCCAGCCUGACUCGCAGGAUGACAAGACAUCUUCCCGAUUGUUGGUGCGGCCGACCAGCUCCGAGACACCCAGUGCUGCAGAACUAGUCAGUGCGAUUGAAGAGCUCGUCAAAAGUAAAAUGGCCCUGGAGGACCGUCCAAGUUCCUUGUUAGUAGAUCAAGGUGACAGCAGCAGUCCAUCCUUCAACCCUUCAGAUAACUCCCUUCUUUCCUCCUCAUCACCCAUAGACGAGAUGGAAGAAAGGAAAUCCAGCUCCUUAAAAAGACGACACUAUGUCUUACAGGAAUUAGUGGAGACAGAACGAGAUUAUGUACGAGAUCUAGGCUAUGUAGUUGAGGGUUAUAUGGCACUUAUGAAGGAAGAUGGUGUACCCGACGACAUGAAAGGCAAAGACAAGAUUGUAUUUGGAAACAUUCACCAGAUUUAUGACUGGCACAGAGACUUCUUUUUAGGAGAGUUGGAGAAGUGCCUUGAAGAUCCAGAAAAACUGGGAUCCCUGUUUGUUAAGCAUGAGAGAAGGUUGCACAUGUACAUAGUUUACUGCCAAAACAAACCAAAGUCUGAGCACAUUGUCUCAGAAUACAUUGAUACGUUUUUUGAGGAUCUAAAGCAACGCCUGGGCCACAGACUUCAGCUCACGGACUUGCUAAUAAAACCUGUGCAGAGAAUUAUGAAAUACCAGCUGUUACUAAAGGACUUCCUCAAAUAUUCUAAAAAAGCUAAUCUUGACACAACAGAACUAGAGAGAGCUGUAGAGGUCAUGUGUAUAGUACCAAAACGGUGUAAUGACAUGAUGAAUGUUGGCCGCCUGCAAGGAUUCGAUGGUAAAAUUGUAGCCCAGGGUAAGCUCCUGCUCCAGGACACAUUCUUGGUUACAGACCAGGACACGGGACUUCUGCCACGCUGCAAGGAGAGACGGGUCUUCCUCUUUGAGCAGAUUGUCAUUUUCAGUGAGCUGCUAGAUAAAAAGAAAGGUUUCUCCAUGCCCGGAUUCUUGUUUAAAAACAGUAUCAAGGUGAGUUGCCUUUCCCUGGAGGAAAAUGUGGACAGCGAUCCAUGUAAAUUUGCACUAACAUCAAGAACGGGCGAUGUCACAGAGACCUUUAUUUUGCAUUCCGCCAGUCCAGGAGUCCGCCAGUUAUGGAUCCAUGAAAUUAACCAAAUUUUGGAAAACCAGCGCAACUUUUUAAAUGCCUUGACGUCCCCAAUCGAGUACCAGAGGAACCACAGCAGUGGUGGAGGCGGCAGCGGGAGCAGCAGUGGUAACAGCAGCGGCCCCAGCAGCUGUAGUGGCAUCCCCAGUUCCAGCCGUAGCCGGCCAUCCCGGAUCCCCCAGCCUGUCAGACACCAUUCCCCAGUCCUGGUCUCCUCUGCAGCCUCGGCCCAAGCAGAGGCAGACAAGAUGUCAGGUAUGUCCAUUCACAAUCUCUCCCUGCCACACUACAACACCUCCUUAGAAACUGGCCUGAGCCAGCCAGACAGGCACCCUCCCAAUGCAGAACCGGAUGGUCCUCAGAGAGAAGCUGAGCAGAUUCCCAAGAUGAAAGUUAUUGAAAGUCCCAGGAAGACAGCGGGAAACAUUUCUGGCUCAGCUGAUGGAGCCCAGAAAGACUCACGUGGAAGCUCAGAGGACAGUCGAUCAAGAAACAGCAUAGGAUCACUGACGCUUGGGAAGCCAAGGCCAGGAGCCAUCUCACCAAUGAACUCUCCUCUCUCCACGACUUUCCCUUCUCCUUUUGGCAAAGAAACCUUUCCACCCAGCAGCCCCCUGCAGAAGGGCUCCUUUUGGAGCUCCAUCCCAGCAUCCCCUGCCAGCCGCCCUGGCUCCUUCACUUUCCCUGGGGACAAUGACUCCCUCCAGCGGCAGGUCCACCGCCACUCUUCACACAGCAAGGACACAGACCGCAUGAGCACAUGCUCCUCGACCAGCGAGCAGUCAGUUCACUCCACCCAGAGUAAUGGGGAAACGCAACACAGCAAUCACAGGGGCACGUGCGAAUAUAAAGCAGAAAGUUCAAGGCAUUUGCCAUGGAUGUGGUAGGCAGGCUAUGGUGCCUUUCUCUUUUAAACUCGCAUUUGAUUUUUCUCUCACUAAAUGUUGUGUUCACAAAUGUUUGUUUUUCCACUCUUUCACAAAUAGUAUGCAAUGCCAAUUUUGCAAAUCACCUAACUUGUCGGACCUUUUUUUAAAUGCAUGCGUUUCUUUAUAGAACUGUUUUAACACACAGAGCUUUCUUGACUUCUUAGUUCUUACACUUACUUUUAUAAUAGCUUCAGAAGAAAAAAUUUUGCUUUGCAUGUAUUGUAUUUUUGUCCCAAUCUUCCUUCAGCUUUUCAUUUGGUUUAGCUCUGUCUUGUGUUUACCUUCAGUCUAGCAGAAUGUGAUGAUAAUAUAAUAUCUGGGAUAAUUUGAAUAUUUUGCAGUUACUGCACAGUAUGUGAAUCAAGAUGGUCGUUUUUUAUGAAGAGAAGACUUGCUUAAUAUUAAUUGAUGUCAUUCCAUUAAAAAAAGAGAGAGGGAGAGUCGGGAUGGCGCUGAGUUUUCAAAACAUUUGAGUUUUGAUAGUAUGUCAGCAAAGACACCAUUGCUUGUUUUUUAUCUUACUAUAAACCAUAAUAUCUGAAUGCAUGCCUUCUGCUUCACAACUAAGUUUCUUUUAGUUUGGUAAUUAAGAUGGGUCGUAAUUCUUCAUUUACAACCUCAUUUCUAGACCGUAUUUAGCAGGAUUUCACACCACAUUCAGCAGGCUAGAGAAAAUCGGUUGUGAAGGUUUAUUUUGAUGUGUGUAUUUACAUGCACAUAUGGUUAAGAUUGGUUACUUAUGGAAAAGUUACUUCGAAGAAGAAGAGGGAAUUGCUUUUGCUAGUAUUUCAGGGAUAUGGGAGGAAUUUUUUAUAUUUUUAUUUUACAUCCUCCUCUAAUCCCGUAAUUGAGGUCAGUGAUGACCAGCAGAACUUGCAAUAGAAAAACAUUAACUGUGCAAGAAUAAUUACUUCCUUGCAAAGCAAAAGACAAGACUGUCUUUCUGUGGUGAGAAUAGAUUCUGAUAUAAACACAUUCACAAGAACGUUUGUCACAUAGUAGUUACCAGGCACUUGUUUAUUUAACAGAUUUAUCUCUCCUUGUUGAAAAUAAGAAAUAUUCAGAGUUUAAUACGAUUCUCCAAGGCUUAACUAUUAAAAAGAAGUGUUAUGUUACAGGAAGGUCAGUCCUGCAGUUAUACAAAUUCUGCUGCAUGAAACAGUAUGUUCAGGAAUAGUGUGUGGGGCAAGGUUUAGGAGUUCGGUUGGUUUUGCAACUUCAGCCUUCCCUUUAUCUCACCUUAUAAGUCUAACAGAAGGAGUUACAAAAGCAGCCUUCUCUGAAUAGAGUUGUUUUUCAUCUAGCUAAAAGAAUCUAGCAAGUUGUAAUCUUAAUUUAAACAAUGACUGAAAAUGAGACUGGCUUUUUGGUUCUACUGUUCCCAGUUUGCCUGAAUCAUGGAAAGGGCCUGCUAAUACAACAGACCGUGCAGACAGUCCUCUAAGCCAGACAAAAUGAGUUCUCCCACUGGAAAUACAGCAUCUGGAAUUAACAUAAGGAUAACAUAACAUACUGUCCUUUAGUAGAGGUAUAGUCCAGGAUGAGAUCUUUCUCUCUGUGGUAGCAUUUGCUUCAUCAUCCUGCUAAGGAAAAAUAAUGGAUGGACUUCAGUGACUCAUUUGAAUAAAGUAGUCCAGCUAGAAUAAAAUGUACAGGCUCACUGGAAAACUCAAGCAUCGAACAUGCUAUGAAUGAAUAAUCUGAGACUGUUCACUUCCAAAUGUUUUUGUUUCUCAGCCGAAGAACUCACAGGGAAGCACAGGCAACAAGAGAUGGAGUGACUUGUUCAAGGCCAUUAGCAGGCUGGAAGAGAACGUGGUUCUCAGGGCUCCCAGUGUCCCAUGCUGUCCACUAACCCCUGCUGCAUCUCCUCAUCACUGAGGGGAGAAAUAUUUGACAGUUUUGAGAAAAAAGUGACAUUGUUUUAAACCUGUAUGCCAAGCUUUCCACGCACUGCUAACACAUACGUGGUGCUAAGAUGUGGUUAUGCUGUAUAAGCGACAGUAGUCUCCAGCUACAGCUGGGUACUGCUUUCCUCCUUCAGCUCAGCUACUACUAAGCAACAGUGAGCCCUCACUGGUAGUGACCUGAAACAGUUUGAAGAACAGAGACAAAACACAGGGGGACACACAUGCCUCGUGCCACAUCAUUAAUAGACCAUCCACUUUGGUUUUAGCUUGUUUCAAGAAGGAAAUACCUUAUUUCAGGGAAUAGGUUGCAUUGUCUGAUAAUAGAUUUCACACUUCUGCUUAUUAAACCUCAUGCAUGCAAAUGGACAAAAUGAGCCGUACUUUUAAAAAAUAGUAAUCGCCAGUGGAUUCAUGACCAGGAGAAGGCUUUUCUGUUCUGAAGAGUAGUAUGGCUUUUAAUGUACACCUGAUGAGCCAUAAUUAGCUUUCUGCAAAUGCUUGGUGGGCAAACGAACAACAUUCAUGAACACUAGUUGAAAGCAUAUGAUAAACAGCUAACAACACUCAGCUAUCAGUCACUAAUCAGUUGGAAGUGAGAUUUGCAGCUUUAUUCUGAUAGUUCUGUGGGCCUAUUUUGCCCAAGAAAUGAAUAAUUUCGUAUUUCAGUGAUUUACCUCAUCCUGUGCGUUUAAAGGAAAAAACCUGAUUAUAAAGAUGCAACCGGGGACAAACCUUGUGGUUUUGAGAGACACUGUCGAAAGCCUUUCUUGUUCUUUUGUACCUUGUCAUGUUUUGUGUGCAGAAGGCUGGUGUCUGAGAUCUAGGAAAGACUAUAUAUUUUUUGUUGUUGGAAUUUCUGGUGUUUAUGAGGUAAUGUUUAUGAUUUUAAAACUGCACCUGUGAGACUAUGAAAAACUGUGCUGUACUGUAGUUUUGUUGCCUGAUAAAGAUGCGAGGUUCAGUGUCUGAGGUUGAAAGGAAGACCAGGUGAGAUCUAUGUAUAAUCUGACUCUCAGUUAAAGGAAGUAGUCUUGAGUAAAAGCAGUGGGAAUAAAUAUCUGCAACAGCCAUACGUGAAGGUAUUCAACGACCAAACUAAUUUGCACAAGAUAAAUAGACACAGGCAACUUUAAAAGAGAAAUUGUAGCUCUUUUCUUUGACUACAGUUUAAGUUAUGUGGAUUAUGCAGGUAACGUAGCAGGCCAAGAACAGCCUGUCUUCUUCACGAUCUUUAAAAUUGAUUCUCUUCCCCCCUCCCUCUUUCUGCUUCCAAUUGACAC